UUUCACGGGAUUUUUGAAUGUUCUGUACGAAUAAAUUCGGUAAUGAGUCGACGCAGUCAAAGAAUAAUUCAGAGAGAUACAGCUAUAACCAAAUGCAGAAACAUUCCUGGUUUUGAUGAAUCCACCCCGAUCCAAAACAAUACUAUAUGCAUUGAAACAUCUGCACAAUCGUAUGACGCCGAGCCAAAGAAGGAAAAGAAAAUAGAAUCGAGUGAAACCUAUGCACUGGUGAACGUUGCAAAUGAUAUAUCGAACAAUGAUUCUGAUAUUACGCAUCCAGUAAAUGAAGCAGAAAAUUCAUUCAUCGAAAAUCUUGAAACACAUCAGUCGAACUCAAAGCCUAAAAAGAAGAUAAAAUCAAAGUCACGUGACUUAUCGCUGAAUAUUGACGUUGAAAAUGAGAUCAUAUCCAUAAGUGAUUCGGAGCAAUCUCAUGCACGAAAUGAAUCGCCAUCUUCAUUCAUAAAGAAUGCAAAAAAAUCAUAUCAAUCCAAUUUGAAGUCACGUCUUUUUUAUUUCAACAAUGGGCAACCUCGCCUUUUUGCCAAUGGAUUCGCUUGA